AUGCUCCUGUCUAUGAUGGACCUGUUGAACUCUCAGCACUUGGACAAGAUGAACAACAACCUCGGCAGACUCUACUUUGAAGAUGAGUCCAGGGCAGCCGCCUUGUCUACCCCAGUGACUGGUAUCACUGGACCUCCCUCACACUGCCCCAGUAAACGAAAAUAUGGAGAACAAAUGGAAGAUCAAAUUAACACUGAGGAAGACCACAUGGCCAAAAUGCGUCUUUUUGCCUCCCAAAUGGUUAGACCUACUGCUGGGAACAAUCGCAAUGAGCACUGGAGCUACAACCCUGCUCCUGUUGAGCACCUCUCUGCCUCUAACGGUCUCCAUGGAAACCACCUGUAUGCCUCCAUCCCAGGCUUCGCUGCGGAACAGCCUCUGUCUCUGGCCAGAAGCGCCAUCGAGCCUGACACUGCAGCCAUAGACAGGCCUGUGAGUGCAGGCAGUGCAGAGCGACAGCAGAAUCGCCCAUCAGUGAUAAUCUGUGCUCCUGCAAACAACCGUAACUGUAACCUAUCUCACUGUCACAUGAAUGGUUCUUCAAGCCAAGAUUCUGACCAGAAAAAGGCCAAUGAUCACACUGUGUGUGAUCCUGUGAUUGAGGAGCACUUCCGCCGUAGCCUCGGGAAGGACUACUCUGAGGCGGAGUCCAACACUGUGUCCAUUACCGGUUCAGUGGACGAUCACUUUGCCAAAGCGCUUGGUGCCACAUGGCUCCAGAUCAAGGCAAAAGGUGGAGGUCCCCGUGCCCCAGAGGCCGACCCCUGA